AUGUCUGCCGUCCCCGAGGAAGCAGUCGCCCAAGCCCCCGCGGAGGCUGUGGCCGUCGACGCCGCUCCUGCCGCUCCCGCCGCCCCCGCCAAGCCCCGCGACCUGUUCCAAGUUGAUAUCCGUAUGGGACUGAGCGCCGAGGAGCUGCUGGCUGUGAUCCCCGACUACGAGGCCCUCAUCGUGCGCUCCGAGACCAAGGUGAACGCGGCAGUGCUCGCGGCGGGCGUGCACCUCAAGGUCGUCGCGCGUGCGGGUGUUGGUGUGGACAACAUUGACGUGCCCGCGGCCACGGCCCGCGGUGUCAUCGUCGUCAACUCGCCCUCGGGCAACAUUUUGGCCGCGGCCGAGCACACCAUUGCCCUGCUUCUCGCUACGGCACGUCAUAUUGGCCGUGCUGAUGGCACCCUCAAGGCGAGCAAGUGGGAGCGCAGCAAGCUCGUUGGUGUCGAGGUUGGCGGCAGGACGCUCGGCAUCAUCGGUCUGGGCAAGGUGGGCAUGCACGUGGCGCGCAUGGCCAAGGGUCUCGGAAUGAAGGUCGUGGCCGUGGACCCAUACGCCAGCCCCGAGGUGGCGGCUCGAGCUAAUGUCGAGCUCGCGGCGGACUUGCAGGCCAUCCUCCCCGUCGUCGACUUCCUCACCAUCCACACGCCGCUCAUCGCCAGCACGCUCGACCUGCUGGGCGAGAAGGAGCUCCAGCAGAUGAAGAAGACGGCGCGCGUGCUCAACGUCGCGCGUGGCGGCGUCUACAACGAAGAGGCCCUCAUCAAGGCGCUCGACGAGGGUGGAUCGCGGCGGCGGGCAUGGACGUCUUCACGUCAGAGCCCCCGCGCCGGAUUCCACGGCGAGAACGUCUCGCUCGACGUGUGCGCGCAGGUGCUCAAGGUGCUCAACGGCGAUCUGCCCACCACGGCCGUCAACGCGCCCCUGAUCCUGCCCGAGGAGUACCGCCGGCUCCAGCCGUUUGUGCCGCUCGUCGAGAAGCUCGGCAGCUUGUACACGCAGCACUUUGUCGGCCGCCGCGGCGGCAUGAUUGGCGGACGGACGUUUGAGCUCGUAUACCACGGCGAGCUCGCGAGCGUGACCAACACGCGGCCGUUGCUGGCGGCGCUCGUCAAGGGCCUCGUGUCGACGAUUAGCGACGCUCAGGGCGGCGACGUGAACAUUGUCAACGCGACGCUCAUCGCCAAGGAAAGGGCAUGCUUGGUGACGCUGACGGUGCGCGGCGAGGAGAGCGGAGGCGCGCCGCAAGUCAUCGAGGGCUACAUCUCGGAGGACCGGGCUUACAUUUCGCGCCUAGACAGGUUCCACGGCAGCUUCGAGCCCGAGGGCACGGUGCUGGUUUUGCACAACUACGACACGCCGGGCAAGAUUGGCGGCGUGGGCAUGGUGCUGGGCAAGCAGGGGGUCAACAUCAACUUUAUGCAGGUGGCCAGCCGGGAGCCCAAGCCUAGGAAGAGGGUCGGGUCCGUUAGCAGCAAUGGUUUCGGCAACGGCAGUGGAACUGGCAAGGUGUCGAACGAGGCUCUCAUGAUUCUCGGCAUCGACGGUGUCGUGAGCAAGGAGGUGCUCGAUGAGCUGGCUGCUACCGAGGGUAUCCUCGACGUGAGCCUCGUCAACUUGUAA